CAAAGCAGUCUGGUUGCAACUGGGUGUGUUGUGUUGGAGUUUCAACUUUGGACCCGCAGAGGAGCUCAGCUGAGUGAAACCAAAGAAACUCUCCGGAGACAAAAGAUCGUCCAAAACGGGAUAUUUUGGCUGGGGGGUUUUGUCUUGGGGUUUUGCCACCCAAGCAAGGAAACCAUGGAACACUACCCUGAUCAGCAGGCUUGUGAUGGCAUGGAGCUGCUCGACUGGCUGUUUGAUCAAAACGACGGCAUCCUCCGGCACGACCAAGCGGGACCACAACAAGAAGCAGGCAACCAGCAGCACAACUGGCCCAUGCAGGAGCCAAAUAUGCUCCAGCUGGCUGAACAGGCCGACGCCGACUUCCUCAACGCGCUCCUGAGUGGAAGCGAUUCAAUGCUGGCCCCCUCGCCCAGCGACAGCGGGAUCAGCGAGGACCCGCCCUCGGACCAGAUGGAUAGCCCCCGGCGACCCGAGAGCCCCCCCGGCGAUGCUCGCCGUUUCAGUCUAAGGACGCAAAGCAAAGCAGCCUUGGAAGCCCGAGUCGCCGUCAAGUCCGAUGGCUGGGAGGCCAAGUUCCCCACAGAGAAAAUGAGAGCGGCACAAUAUCCUUCGGAUGCAAACAGAGCGCAGCCGUCCCCCGGCUUCCCGCUGACUGUUAAGGGUCUGCUGCUGUCUGGCUCGGCCGAGUUGCCCCCCCAACCCUUCCAGCAGUCCAUUCAAGAACUGAUUCUCAAUGAAGACGAGAAGAAGCUCCUGGCCAAAGAGGGUGUGACUCUUCCCUGCCAACUGCCGCUCACAAAGCAUGAAGAAAGAAUCCUGAAGAAAAUACGCAGGAAGAUUCGCAAUAAGCAGUCGGCCCAGGAGAGCCGCAAGAAAAAGAAAGAGUACAUUGAUGGACUGGAGAGCAGGAUGUCGGCAUGCAACGCACACAACCACGAGCUGCAGCGCAAAGUCUCCCAGCUUGAAAAAUGCAACAUGUCGCUAAUGGAACAGUUGCGCCGGCUCCAAGCUCUGGUUAUGAAUACAUCUAACAAGCCAGCCCAGACUGGGACAUGCGUGCUGGUGCUCCUGCUGUCCUUCUCCCUAAUCCUCAUUCCCAGCCUCAAGCCCUUUGCCGACACCAAAGUCAGCCAAGGAGACUUCAGUCCAGUGAGAAUCCAAUCACGGUCCCUGCAGAACUUCCAGGCGUCCCGGGUGCUGCACGUCGACGACCCUUCGCUGUCGACCGGAGACAAAUCGAAGCACGCGAAUUUCCUGGAAAAAUCGGGAUUGGAAAUCACCAGCCUGUUGGGUAACAUGAAGCUGAAGCAAGAACUGGACGCCGUGUCCCCAAACAGCAGUCGCGAAGAAAGCCUGGGUCAUUUCCACCUGGACCCCAUCACGGGCCACGUAUCCGCCGUCACCUUGGACCCGAAACGGUCCGCCGGUCUCCCGCCAAAUGCCGACGACAUGUAGAACAAAUCGUCCUCAUCACUUAGUCGUAAUCAAGUUGUCGAGACUAUGUUUUGUAUCAGUGACUUUUAAAAGUGAAAUUGCCUGUCAGCUUUUAAUAGAAAACCAGCGUGAUGUAGGAGUGGUGAGGCGGUGGGAGGGCAGCAAAUACAGCGGCAACACUGUGAUCUCAGUGGAUAAUUUGUGAACUAUUAGUAAGGAUUUGGAAAGCGUGCUUGCAUUGAUGGAGAAAAAUAACCUGCAAUAAAAAGAUAGUACACGAUGCCGGAAAGGCUUCUUUUCCCUGCAGGCUUUAGGACUCGGUGCUUCUGCCUGUGAAGCAGUGAUGAAACGUCUAGACGAGGCAUCUCCCAAAGGGCAACUAUGUCAGCGGGGACAAAAAAAGAUAGAAAACUAGGGCAAAGGUCCCACGGACGGCCGCUUAUCGCAUAACCCCUUGCCCACUUAUUGACAUGUUGACAUAUUUACUCAUUGGAGACGCUUAUCUGACUUUUUACAGCCACACUGAUGGGAGGAGAUGAUUCCAGACGUUAAUUGGAUCAGCAAAAUACCCUGUCUAUGUUAUCGCCACAAUAAAAUGAAAAUUAAUAGUCAAAUUGUGUAUAAAAAAAAAAAACGCUGUAAAUUUGCAGUAAUUACCUUAUUUUUUUGGAGUAUAAGUCGCACCUGCAGAAAAUGCAUAGUAAAGAAGGAAAAAAAAAACAUAUAAGUCACACUGGAGUAUAAGUCGCCUUUUUGGGGGAAAUGUAUUUGAUAAAGCCCAACACCAGGAAUAGACAUUUGGAAGGCAAUUUAAAAUAAAGAAUAGUGAACAACAGGCUGAACAAGUACGUUAUAUGACUCAUAAAUAACCAACGGAGAACGUGCCUGCUAUGACGUAACAUAUUAGAGUCAUUCAAAUAACAAUAACAUCUAGAACAUGCUACACGUUUACAAAACAAUCUGUCGCUCCUAAUUGCUAAAUCCGAUGAAAUCUUAUACGUCUUACCCAGACAUGGGCAAACUACGGCCCGCGGGCCACAUACGGCCCGUUAGGCUUUUUAAUCCGGCCCGCCGAACUUGUCCAAAUUAUAGUAAAAACCUGCUUUUUUUCUCCUUUCCCUGCAAUGCCCACGUUUCCCCAAUAGAUGGCGCACUCAAAACACAUUGACCGUUGUUGGAGUGGCGCGUAUUUCUCUUUAUUUCACUUUAAUUUUCACUUCGUUUCAUGCCACUAGCAAAAAAAGGGAGACCAACAACACUGUUCCCACUGAAAUGGUGAGUUUUUCUGCUGUGUUAUGAAAAAAUGCAUAUGGGAAGUUUGGAAGUGUGUCUUUUAAUUAAGAUCAAUGCGCAUUUACGCACAGCAGCCGUACAGUAGCUUAAUUAACACGCCGCACAUCGCUCUUAAUUUAAAUUAAAAUUUUCAGCUGCAGGUAGGAUAUUUAAUACAGCCUAUGUCUGUGUGCUUGGCAACGA